AGCCUAAUGUGUAUUUCCAUCUGGAGAGUACAGUUAUGCUGACCAGAAACUACAAGCCAGUGCACCAGUAAAUGAUUAACACAUAUUCAGUAAAUGGAAGACAAUUGCCAGAGAGUGAGAUAUGGAUGAAACUGAAGAUGUGCCAAAAGAUUUUAUCAAGCUCAAGUCUGCAAAGCUCUCUGUAGAUGAGGUGUCAGAGCUGGUCGUUUCACCAUACUGUGGGGCAGUGUCUCUGUUCAUUGGUACUACAAGAAAUAAUUUUGAAGGGAAAAAAGUGAUUCACUUAGAAUAUGAAGCAUAUACUUCAAUGGCAGAGACUGAAAUAAAGAAAAUCUGCAGAGAUGUAAGACAGAAAUGGCCUUCAGUCAAACAUAUUGCAGUGUACCAUAGACUUGGUGUGGUUCCAAUAACUGAAGCAAGUGUAAUUAUUGCAGUCUCCUCUCCACACAGAGCAGAAUCCCUUGAAGCUGUAAUGUACUGCAUCAAUACCCUAAAAGCAUCCGUACCAAUAUGGAAAAAGCCUAGAAAGCCAACUGUGUCCUGGGCUGCAUCCAAAGCAGGGUGGUCAGCAGGUCACAGGAGUUAUUCUGCCCCUCUACUCUGCUCUGAUGAGAUACCACAUGGAUUACUGCAUCCAUUUCUGGAAUCCCCAACAAAAGAAGGAUGUGGACCUGUUGGAAUGCAUCCAGAGGACGUCCACUAAGUUGAUCAGAGAAUUGGAGCACCUCUCCUACAAAGACUGGCUGAGAACCGGAGUUGUUCAGUUUGGAGAAGGCUCCAGGGAGACUGUAAUUACAGCACCUUCCAGUAUCAAAAGGGGGCUUAAAAGAAGGUUGGAAUGGGACUUUUCACAAGGGCAUGUAGUGAUAGGACAAGGGGCCCUAAGCUGAAGUGAGGGUAACUUUAGAUAUAAGGAGGAAAUUCUUUACUGUGAACCUGGUGAGGCAGAGAAGUUGUGGAUGCCCCAUGGCUGGAAGCGUUCAAAGCCAGGUCAGAUGGGGCUCUGAAUAACCUGGUCUAGUGGAAAUGUCUCUGCCCAUGGCAGGAGGGUUGGAACUGGAUGAUCUGUAAGGUUCCCUUCCAACCCAAAGCAUUCUAUGACCAUUAUAUCACAGACUACUGAAGCCUCAGCUCUAUAAUCCAUUUCAUUGUGUCUGCAGUAAAAAUCUACAGCAGCUGCUAGUUGUACAAAGUAAAAUGAGGAAAGCAGGUGAUGAUCGUUUUUUCCUUGGGGAUUUCAAUCACUUUUAAUACUUAGUUACUAUAUCUAAAUUAAGUAAACCAUAAUGAAACAUACAGCUUCAGGCAGAAAUGUGGUUAAACUCUGCUUAUGAACUUACUGAUGCAGUUUCCUCAGUGGAAGUGAGUUGAUCCUCUGCCGGACAGCAGCUACUCCUUGCAUGCGUACAUAUACACACCCUACAAACCAUGUGGGCCCUAUAAUCUAGGCAGAGCUAAGCAAGUUCGAGUUUUCCUUUGUUUUGGAGGUUGGAGAGAAGCCCUCUGCUGUUUGAAUGUCAUUUUUACUGGCAAUUGUACUGAAUCUUGAGCACAGAUCACUUCCUCUGUCAAAUAAUUCUUUUUCUCUUUAGAAGAGAAAUACAUACAUGACCUUUUCCAUUUCUGGUGUUCAUUUUUCCAUGUUCAUGUUUGCCAUUACCAUGCAACUAAUUAGUGUAUUAAUUUCACAAAAAUAAAUGUUUAGUUUGUCUUUCAGUGGAUGGUUUAUGAAUGAAGUAAAACCUAUGUAGUGCUUGCAUACUGGUGCUGUGCUCAGAUAAACAGAAAUAGUUAAGUUCUACUUAGGACCCCAUGAUCAGGGGCAAUUCUUGUGUUGCCCUAGUGCCUCUCUAGUGCUGCGGUGUCCUGGAAGAUUUCUCCACGGUGACCUUAAGUGCACCUUCCCCCAUCAGCAAUGCAGCUGUGAAGGAGGGUGCAGAAAAAAAAGAGAGAAUAAUUGUGUACUUCCCCACAGUGACCAGGAACAAUGAAUGGAAGAGAUGUUGUACUGAGUCACAGCUGAGUGUUACAAUGUGUGUAUGCUGCCUUGGUAAAAACAAUGAAAUGUCAUUUUGUGUCCCUAGCUGUGCAUGAGGCAAGUACUGCUUUGUUCUGGAACAAUGAUGUAUCGAUCUUGUGUAACUUUGGGUUCUUCAGCUGGCAUCUCAAAGCGAAAUGGAAAUGCCUCUAGGAGGGAUGUUGUGCAUAAUUAGAGGUAAAAUGUAUCUUGCUGAAAUUUAAGUCCAUACUCCAAACUCUGUGUUCUGUCUCCCUCUGUAGGGCUACCCUUUCUGCUAGGGCAGAUCAUUGUGUUCUAAGGUAGCUGCCUCAGGCUAUAUUUGGAGUGACCCAGAAGUGUUUCCAAAUUUCCAGGCCAGGGGAUGAAUCCCAGCUGUGUCACAGUGUGUGUUAGGGAAAGAUGUGGCUCUGCACAUGUCCCAGUAUCCAUACAUGCAGGACUACACUGCUGGGUGAAGACUACUUUGUCUUCUGGGGAGGUCCACUGAGUGGGAUGAUAGGCAGCUGCAGAUAAAUAUACAAGGAAAUAUACAGCUUUCUGAAACGAGUCCAAGCAUUUCUCUGCCUUGUCUGUAGGGGAGGGUAAUCCCACCCCUUUGUGGCUCUACCAGGUGUGUCACAUUCGUGGCUCUGGUGCAGAGAGAUGUUCCCAGGAGCAAAUGCUGCAGACCAGUGGGUCAUCAUGUGAUUCUUGUAGAAAUCUGCUAGAUGAGGGCUGUCUGUGGAAGGGAAGUGCAUGUCUUCAGAGCAUGAAUUUCUCCUCAGAAGAUGCCUUCGUCUUGGCUGGCAACAUUUGAAUAUACUGAUCCAUCCCUUUGUGUGGCCAAACAUCCAUAUACCAGCAUUCCUUAAUUUUAGGAGUUUCCUUUCCUGAUUUUGAUCAUUCUGCUCUGUUCUCAGGAGAAGCUUGGCCUCAUGCAUAAGAUGAAAACAGUAAGAGAUGGAUUGCCAUGAAAUAGCCAGGUGGGGGAAGGGGGCUGUGUUAUAAGGCGCCUACCCAGGAGAUGGCAGCCGAGAGAUGGCUGAGUGGGUAGAGCGGGUCCUGGCCUGCACAGGUGCUGGCUGUGCUGGGAAGUACAGGCCCUUGCUUUGGCUGUCAUUCACGAAAGUGCCAUUGUUGCACUCAGGAAUGAAGCCUUUAGAUUGUUCAACUUUAAACUAGAUUUUUUUUGUCCUUUCAGCUCACUUUUCCCACAGCUGUUAAAGUAAUUUGUAGCUUCACAGACUAGCACAUUCAUUUGCUCCUUCAAAAACAUUAAAAGGAAAGAACUGUUAAACCUAAUUAUUAACAAAUUGUCUGUAAAAGCAGACAGUGCUGCCCUUUGCCCCCUAAAAUGCUCUGAAAAACUCAGUCUUGAGCCCUUCCAUUAAGUGUCCUGUGGAGGUAGUGGAAGAGUUCAGAAUAGGCUGAUGACUAUAAAUGACCAAUUUCUUUGAUUACCCUAGGCCUGUUUUCUGAAAAACAACCAAAUCAUAAAAUUGAUCUUAUCAAGUGUUACAAAAAUUAGUAUCCUGAUGUAUCUUUAUAGCAGUUCUCUUUUAAAUGUUCCAUUUCAACUAUUUUAAGUGGCCAAUACAUUUUAAAAACUGCUAGCGUACCAAAGCCUGUGAUCACAUACAAAUAAUUCACCAUAAAUGAGAACAGAAAGGUGACUUAAAAGAUAGGACCCAAGUUUUCUGAGGCAAUGAAAAUGUACACUUAAUUACCUUUAAAGGCAAUUAAAUGUUGAGGCAGUUAACUAUAUAUUUCAAGAUGCAUUUUCAUACCUUCAUUUUCUUUAGUCUGUAACUUGCAAGCUUUUGUUGUAACCCAGUUUUGGAUGUAAAGUGUAAAAUACCCUGUGCUUUGCCCCCAGUCAGCAACCCAACCCCACCCAGCCACUCGCUCACUCUGCUCCUCAUGGGAUGGGGUAGAGAACAGAAAGAGUAAAAGAGAAAUCUUGUGGGUUGAGAUAAAGACAGUUUAAUAGGGAAAGUAAAAACCACUCAUGCAAGUAAAGCAAAACAAGGAAUUGAUUCACCACUUCCCAUCGGCAGGCAAGUUCAGCCAUCCCCAUGAAAGCAGAGCUCUAUCAUGUGUAACCAUGGCUUGGGAAGACAAAUGCCAUCAUUCUGAACACACACCCCCCUCCUUCUCCUUCCCCCAGCUUUAUAUGCUGAGCAUGACACCAUAUGGAAUGGGAUGGGAUAUCCCCGUGUCCCCUCUCAACUUCUUGUGCAGCCCCAGCCUCCUGUGGGUGGGAUGAGGAGCAGAAUAGGCCUUGGCCCUGUGUCAGCACUGCUCAGUGAUAGCUAAAACAUCUCUGUGUUAUCAGUACUGUUUCCAGCACAAAUGCAAAACACAGCCUCAUACCAGCUACUGCCAAGAAAACUAACUCUACCUCAGUCAAUACCAGCACAUACAUAAGCCAGUAUUUAAGGAAUCUGGCUUUUAAUUCUGAAAAAACACCGAAACUUGGUGAAGUACAGAGUUUUGUGCCUUGAGAUAAGGUUUGUCUGGUAUUGUAUUAUGGAAGUGUUAAAGUUGGUAGCCUACCUGAAUGUCUAUGUACUGUUGUUAAAAGUACGGAGGAGUUGAAAGUGGAAAUAAAAAACUUUG